AUGUCGUCGACAGCCACAGCGCCGUCGUCGCAUUUGAACGGGGCCAGCGCGGUAUCUGCAGAGGUGCUUCGCGAGGCUGAUUUCCUCCAGAAGAUUCUGCAGAUACGCGACGAGGUCUUCGCUAGCAAACAUCCGCGUAUACACCUCCCAGCCAAAGUAAUUGAACAGGUUGCACCGCGUCUUCCCCAACCCGCCUUGGCCAGACCCACGACCAACGGCACGCCAAACGGACCCUCGUCACAGCUGCUUCCUCCGCGUCCAGCGUUGUCGGCGCGGCCCCCUACCUCUCCAAUCCACACUACACAGCGACCAUAUUCGGCCAAGUCUUCGUCAUCGGGCAUCGAUCCUGUCCUGCUCACAAAGUCUGAACAUUUGGUCAAGGCAGAGCAGCAGCUCAAGCGACAACAAAUAGAACGCGCUCUCAAGGAUCAGUUUGACCGAAAGGGUCGCGGCAACGAUGUUGACGAGCGAGAAGCUCUCAUCGAUGUGGAGCAGUGUUUGAUCAAGGCCCACCAACUGGUUCCGCCUGUUUCUGGCUUACCAUCUACGGCUAACAACAGUGAUGGUGUCGAGUCGUUUGACGAGAAUUCCUAUUAUUCUAGCAAGGCAGACAGUUGGUCGCCAGAGCCUGAUCACGCUGACCAUGCUCAUGCUGCUGCAACUCCACUGACCCCGCAGGCGCAACAAACUGCCAAGCAAGUGAAUCUCCAUACUCGUCCCGCCCAGCCCCCAGUGAUCGAUCUGGACGAGGAGGCCUAUGAGCCGGCUGAUGACAUAGAAAUCUAUGAGCCUGAGCCUGCACAAGUGCAUGAGGACGGUGACGAAGAAGAGGACUAUUCUCCGCCUCCAGCCGAUGUUGGUCCUAGUGAACCACCGAGAAGUCGGGGCCGCAAUCGCAAUGGUGGAACAAACGGUUCACGCCGUCAGAGUCCAGCCGGUCCAGGGCAAUCUGGUCAAAAUCCUCGCAAGCGAAGACGAGAAGAAAGGAGACGACAGCAAGCCAGCAAGCAGGUUGCACAAUCUCCCGAGCCUUAUAUCAAAGAAGAGCCGCAAUCACCUCCUCCGUUCGGAUCCUACUCUGAUCCACAGCCCAGUAAGCGUCGUGCGUUACAGCCACAGCCCGAUGAUUUGGAGGUUGUGUCGGCGCAAGCAAGUCCUCGAGCGCAACCUAUCUACUAUCGCGAGCAGGAUCCAUUUGUACGUCCUUACCGUGAGCUUGACGAGCCAUCCUCGUCUCCUACUGUCAUACGCACACCACAACGCAAAGCACUGCGCGACGAUCAAGAUCUUAGACGGGUUGCUAGUCUACAGUAUGCGCGACGACCAUACUCUCCUAGCGGCGAAGGGCAGAUGUACGUUGCGUCAGAGCCACGUCAGAUGCGGGCAGCAUCUCAUGCCUUCAUCGAGCGCGCAGAAGCGCCACCUGUGUACCGAGAAGCGUCUACACGCCCGCCAGCAGCACCUCGAUACGUCCACGGUCGGUCGCGAUCCCCUGUGCACGAAUACAUCUCACAUGGGCAAUCACCAAUGCUCAUGGCCCCGCCACCCCGCCGAAUUGUUGUAGACCAGUACGGCAACCGAUACUACGCUGCGCCAGUGGAUGCUCGAGAGUCAAUGGCACCGCCAAGUAGGCGCAUUGAGGUGGACCCUUUUUACGAGCGUGCUGUUACGCAAGAGCCUAGUAUGCGCGCCCCUGCUCGGACAGAGUUGUAUGAAAGCGAGACUAUACAGAGAAUGCCGCCGCCACCUCGACGGUACGUUGAAGCGUCAGAAGUAGAGAUGAUGGAGGGUCCAUAUCGUCACCGAGAGGCGUCUCGUCGUCCAAUAGAAGUGGAACAUCGACCUGGGCCACAGUACGAAGAGAUGGGACCUCCACGAGAGUAUCCUCCAGCGCGAUCAUACAGUAUGCGUCCCGAGGGAGUGCGAAGAGAGAUACCCGAGGGCUAUGUGCGGCAUGAAAGCAUACAACCAGUGGCGGUGCGUGGGUCGCAACAACCGCGGUUCCGGGAAGUCAGUGUUGUGUACCAGGAGCCGUUUGAGGAGCACCAGUAUAUCAGCGCGCCGCAAAGUCGGCGGUACGUCGAGGAGGGGCCCAUGGAGGUAGGACCGGAGGCAUAUGCUGGCGAGGGGCGUCACGUGUAUGCGCGGUACUGA